CUCGGAGGUCAUCGCUGCCGUGCACACCACACAACGCAAGGGAUUGUCACGUGAUAUGGUGUUGUCCCAGCAACGAUCCAACCGAGCAGGCAUACCUUGCAUUCGCCGGCGAUAAACACAUUGUGAACAAUUGCUUCUUCAAGAUUGUACUAACCAGACCUAGCAAAAAACACCAACUACCACUAAAAGCAGAAAUAAGCGGUCGAUAUUCACACACAUCUCAACUUUGCACUAAAUUUGGUGCAAAUGGACCGCAGCACAACACCGACAGGACCUGUCGUAGGCGGGCCGCUGUCAAACGCUACGCCCGACCGAGUCAACAGAAAUUCGCCAUUGCAUUCACCCAGAUCAGCAAGCAAAGAUGCCAGUCCGUUGGUCUUUGAAAAGGCAACCAGCCCUUUUAAUAGUCUCAGCAUGAGCGCUCACAGCAAACUUUUGGAGCGAAAGACGGCCGAUGCUGCCCUCAAGCGUGCCAUGGUUGGCCGUGAAGAGGCAGAGGCAGAGAUGGGCAAGCUACGGGAGGAAAACGCCAAGUUGCGCAAGUCGAUAGAGGAAGGAAAGGAUAGAGAACGAAAAGUAGGAGAGCGGCUGGAAACUGUCAUGGAUAACUACGGUCGCGUGAAAGAAACACAUGCCCACACACAAGCCCUAUGGGAGAAGGAAAUUCGACGAGCGAGAAAAGAGAACUUCAAGGCCCAGUCCAACAUUGUGAAGCUUCAAGAGGAACUCAAGACAGCGAGAACAGCCGCCAAAAUCAACGAAGAGUGCCUCGCCCGCGAGAAGGAACGCAGCCAUGCCCGUGAGCAAGAAGCUUUCGCUGCUAGAUACAAUAUUGUUGGAGUUCAGGAACAACUCGAGCAAGCUCUCCAGCGCAUCAAAGUUAUUGAACAAGAGCGCGAUGCUUUCAAAACCGCCGCUAAGAAUGAAGAGGUCGCUCGCAUCGCCGCCGAGGGACGACUCCCACUACCAACAGCAGAUGACUCGGACGACUUUGCUUCCUCUGCGAAUAAGAAGUUGAAGAAGCGAAAGAGAGACAGCGUCAAGGAAGGCGGUCGUGUAUCUCUAUCAGCUAUGGAGAUCUUAUCAUCAGCCGCGAGCGAGCUUGAAAUUGACGAGCUUAGUGUGCAGGUUCGCUGGGAGCGACAGCGAGCUGACCGUGCCCAAGAAAUGAUCGAGUUUUUGCAGGCUGAAUGUCAGAUGCAUUGCUGCCCUUGCUCCAAAGACAAGGCAAAGGACGAAAUACCAAAGCCGUUGAGAGCCUCUCCACCAAAGAUAAUGCAGUCUGUUGAGCACGUCAGUAGUGUUGUCACUAAACCUGAGCAUGACGAUAUUCCUGAGCUAGUCGAUGACCGAUCACCUGUUCUCAACUCUCCUCUGGAAGGCGAUGAAGCACCAGAGCUUGAAACAUCCGUCGUCGGCUCUAUUCGAUCACGAAAGCAGAGAACUAGCACGAUUUUUGUUCCGCAAGAGGGCGUUUUCCGAACAGUUUCCGAACAAGAGGCUGCUGCUUAUGAGGCUCAAAUGGCAGCUGUACCAGAACACGACGAUCUUGAUAAUGACAUGCUCGCUCCAGAUUCCCCUCAGCUUCGAAGGUCGCACCGCGAGUUUGCACGAACUCCAUCCGUGGAGCCACCAUCUUGUGCCAUGAUGCCCAGAGAUCGUGAUUCACUUCAGUCUCUCCUCAGUGCUCCUCAUGGCGAUGACGAUACCGCAACUUCGGCGAAGCCACUCAAUAUCCCUACCGUUGCAGAUGAGCCUCAGCUACCAAUGCUGAUGCAGUCCAUCGAGCGUCGCCCAAUUUCCGAACCUGAGAUUUCCGAACCGGAAACUUACGACCCCAAUAUGUCAGAGCCGGACAUCUCUGACCCUGAGCCAGAGCCAGAGGUUCAACAGCGCAACUAUAUCAUUCAAGCUACCACUUCACCUCAAGUGGCGCUCAACUCUUCCAGCCGAUACCAAGUCACUACAACGACUGUUCCUGUUCGAACUGAAGAGGAGCAGCGUCGUUCUUCAUUCAACGACAAACUGCGCACCCCUUCAAGCUGCAGCAACCGAAGCUUCGAUCACAACGACCCUGCCCUUACACCAACCAUGACUCGAGAGCAGGCGCUCGCCAAGAUUCAAGAACGACGUCGAGCCAGAAGUGGUGAUCGAUCAACAGCAGCAUCUCGUGCAAAGCAGGCACAAGCUAUUGCACGAAGAGACGCGAGCGGUGGCUCCAAAGCAGCUCCCGGAACAACGAGAACUGUUAGCAGGACUCGGUCUAGAAACUUGGUCCGAUGAAAGCGAUUCGCUCUCAGCAACACUCAACACUAUUGUUUCUUUUGCAUAGAUCGCGGCAUACGAUACAUGAAACUUGGAGUUUAUAUUUCGACGGCAUUAAAUUCCUUUAAGGACUAAACAUUGGCGUUUUUGAAAGGCUGGAAUUGGAGUUUUCUUGUUUAACUUUCCUUCUUUACAAGCAGGGUGCAUAUAUUGUUAUUAUACGGAUUCUACCUUGGUCCUAUUUACUAAUACAUUUCGUUUUCUGCUCACACCUGAUUAAUUCAUGCUCCUCACCUGAGUGUGUAGACGUCAGCAAAUGGGAUUCCUUAUACACUUAGGAAGCCCUUUAUCCUGUUUCGUCCACGUUCCGACGAUAGCGCAUCUAGCUUGACUGCCUCGAAUAUACAUUCAACCGCUCUAUUGCCUCCCAUACUCUGCUGAAGACGCAGCCUCCACUGGCCUGCCCUAACGCUCCAUAUCGUUCCUGCGGGAGGAAGAAGUAGUGCUGUCUCCCCCGCUGCUUCUGUCCGACGACGCUUUCGAGAUCGUGCGGCAUCGCCCCCUCCUUCCUCCACAGACUGGUCGAGGCUAUACUCUUCAUCAUCCAGAAAUAUGACGGUAUCAGAAUCCAGCGAUACCUUGAUGAAGUCGUCACUCAAUGGCGUGCUCCCCGGUCCUACUGGUUGGGCUUCGGCGCCGCCAGAUGCCAUUAGUAGGCCCAAGGGUUGUACUGUAGGUGGUAACCCGAUCUUAGUAGCGAUGACUUCGAGAAGCUUCGUCACUCUUGUCUUGGUAUGGUUGAACAAUUCGAUACGUACUCCUUCCGGAGUGAAAUGAAGCUUGGUUGUUUCGCCACUCACUUGGAGGAGCAGGUCCAUUGGCUCCUUAUCCGCAUAUGGGCGAGCAUAAUUGACCAUGCCGGUCAUGGAAUCAGCCGUUUCGGUAUCACCAUGGUUGACGCUUAUUCCGCUCUUCUGUACAUUUUCCAGUCGCAGAGCUAUUUCGGUUCGCUGGCGGUUUGAAUUGAAGGCUAUUGUGUGGGGGAUCAGGCGUUGCUCGAGGCCCUUAAAGUGGAAGUAGCGCGCGUCUCUCAAGAGCGCCUCACGAUGAGC